AUGGUUUGGACUAAGCAAAGGAUGAGUAUAGCUGGACAGGUGAUGAGAAUUCAAGCAUGGAAUCCUAAUUUUACUCCAACUGCAGAAACUCCUGUAGUCCCAGUAUGGAUUUCAUUACCGGAAUUACCUUGGCAUUGUUAUAAUAAAGAGUUUGUUUCUGGCCUGCUGUCUCCUAUUGGCAAAGUUUUAUAUUUCGAUUCUGCAUCUAUUAAAAAGACUAGGGGUAGUCAAGCUAGGGUGAAGGUACAAAUUGAUCUUACUCAAAAGAGACCUUCUUUUAUUUGGAUGGGUUAUAUAGGGGAGGAUAUCACUGAUGGUAGAUGGCAGAAAAUAGAAUAUGAUAAUAUCCCUGAUUAUUGUUUUUACUGUAACCAUCAAGGGCAUUUGGAAAACAAAAAUCCUCAACAACCUAAGGGUCACAAAGUAGUUGAACAGAAGGAGGAUAUAAAUCAGCAAUACAAACAGCAUAGAGAUCAGGAACAAAUACAGCAUCAGCAAGAGGAUCAUUGGCAAAUUCAAAGGAGGAAGAACAAUAAUCAGAUGCAGGCUCCUAGAGGAAACAACAGCCAAGCAGAUCAGUCCACCAAAUGGGCAGGUAAUAAUAAAGGAAAGGAAGUUUUGAAAGGGCAAGCUGUUAUAGGUAUUGACUCAAUGCUCCCCUCCCCUGUUCCCACUGAUAAUGUUGUUACUAUUAUUGCUGAGGAAGUUGUUGGAGGUGUGGAUGGGAAGGGUCAGGAGACACAAACUAAUCUGCAGGAAGGGGUUUCCAAAAAGGGGGAGGAAUUGACUCAUGUUAUACAUGAGGAAGUUGCAUUUGACCAUAGGCAACAUCAGAGUAGACUUAAUAACAAGUCUGGAGACAGAUUGAGUAAAAAGAAAAGAGAGGCUAUAAAAAAGAGACUGCAACAGAGUGCUGGCCAGGAGUCUGAUGGUACAGCUACUGGUAAACAAACUGAAGCACAAGCCUCUUAUAAAAGUCAGAACCCUCUAAACACUAAUCAACAUGGUGAUGAACAGGCUCCUAACAUAAUCAAUAAGGGUAAGUUGACUCUGGAUGAUUAUAGGGCAAUUAACUCUGAUGAUGAGUUUGAUCCUGAUAAUCAAUCUAUAGAUGAGUCUGAUGAGGAUACAGAGGAUAACAUGCAGCAUACAGAUAAUUCUCAUAUUGAUAUGGUCAAAAUUCAACUCCAAAUGGAUCAUGCAGCCAGUAAUCCUAAUGGGAAAAUUUGGCUGUUUUGGUCUAAUGAAGUUACUGGUUCUAUUCUUGAAAAGCAUGAACAACAUAUCACAGUAACUUUUAAGUAUACAGAUAUCCAUGAUAAAUUCAUGAUGUCUUUUAUUUAUGCUAAAUGUAAGGACUAUAUGAGGAGACCUCUUUGGGACAGAUUACUGGUUUAUUCUAAUAUGGAGAUACCAUGGUGUACUAUUGGUGAUUUCAAUGUUAUCACAUCUAUAGAGGAGAAAUCUGGGGGUAUACCUUACAACAUACAUAAGAGUUUUGAAUUUAUUGGAAUGAUAGAGGCUUGUGGAUUGGUUGAUAUUGGAUACACAGGACUUCCAUUCACAUGGUGUAAUCAAAGGGAUGCUGAAGCUAGAGUUUGGAAGAGAUUAGACAGGGCUAUGGUUAAUGAUAAAUGGUUAGAGGUGAUGCCUCAAACCACUAUUGAGAAUUUAUCAUCUGUUGGGUCUGAUCAUACUCCCAUGUUGAUGGAAAUGAUUAGGGCUAAUGCGAGGCAUUAA